AAGAUUAAGAAAGCACAUUGAUGCUAUUUAUAUCAAGCAGAUCAUAAUAAUAGGAAGUGCCCAAGAUAUACUGCAUUUCCUCUUAAGUUUGAGCUUUAGCUCAGUCAUCUUUGCAUGCAGUAUUCUGGUUCACCGUUUUUUCCGGAAGCUUUUUAAAAUAACAAAUUCCAUAAAACUUGGAAAAUAGUCAAUUUGAUUGUUCUAAUAAACAUAAAUUGUGAUGUAAAAGUUUUAUUGUUUAUAACGUUUCUCCUUGCAGGAUUGCGAAGGGGCUGGUGCUUAUCUGUAGCAGUCAUGGGUGAGAGGUAGACAGCCUGGACAGGUCACCAGGUAACACAGAGAUGCACCUUAACAAUUGUAAUUUGGCGCCAUCUGGUGGUGUUAAUAUUCAAUUUUCACUGAAAUACAAAACUGUUAAUUUCGGUUUUUUAAAAAAGCAGCAAUCGCAGAAGGUAAUUGACGUGAGUCCUUGAAAACCAAAACAAACUUGUCUCUGUUCCAUCGGUCUCUUUAGGACAAAGAAUAUACAGUUUUAAAGAUGCCAUAGAAUGUAGAAACGUAUCUUUUUAUUAUUAUUUUAAUGAGUGACAUUAAUUUAAGACUUGCCCAUACAUAACAAAGACGAAUGAAUGUUCGAAAUAUUUAAAUCUCAAUGUCAGUCAGUUUUAGCUAUUAAAAAGCCAUUAACACACACAGUUGAUUCUUUUUCCAUCCCAUUAUUGUAAUUUAGAUAUAUUCAGGUCUAAAAAAAUGUCCCUCCAAAAUGGAUAGUCCAUUAGGAAAAACUAAAACAUAAAAAAAUGUUCAGAGACCAAGCAGGGCUCUGUAAAGUAACAUGUCAUUAUAACCGUCGCUUUGCUGCUUUUCUAGGAGAACUACAUUUCCCAGAAUGCACAACAUCCAGUGACGUAAAGACUAGGAUGAGGUGAAACGGCUAUUUUCGGCUUACUACCUGACUGUAAGCAGAAGAACGGUGGCAGCUACACCUGAACCAACGCGGCGUUUUUCCACUCAGAGUGUCAAACUAAUAGCGGGUCGCUCUCUCGCUGAGAGUUUCAUCUACCUCAUAAUUUUUGGGUGAGUUUAUCGCCAUGUUAUCAUCCGUUCCCACCAGGCUGCUGACGCGAAGGUCGCGCAGCCUGUCACCGUGCGGUCGCGUGCUUCAGACCAGCGCCAGUGGAGCCACGGGUCCAUGUUUCCGCGAAACACAGGCGGAGACCAACCGGAACCCUAUCGUAUCCACGUCCCGUGUAUCCAGGAGGGGGAUUUUGUCUGAAGAGACUGCUGUUACCAGCGUGAGCCCAUCGGUGCAGUACCACCACCUCGCCCCAAGAUGGCUGUCAAACCUGGAGAACCGCCGUAGCUCCUGGGCGGCUCUGGCCAGUAGAGGGCGACAAAAUAACCAGUAUUGGGAGGACAGCAGGCAGAGCGGUGGGAAUGAGAACCGUGGUACUGGUGGGGGUGCCAGCCGAGCAGGGCUGGCCUCAGCUGGUGUGCUGUCAGCCGCAGCAGUGGCCUUCUGCCUGAGGAAAGACUCCGGUAACAAAGAUGAUUCUCUUCUUGAGGCAGCAAGAACCAAUAAUGCACAGGAUGUGUCCAGGCUAAUAAAAGAAGGCGUGGAUCCAAAUCAUCGUCACCGGCUGGGAUGGACCGCUCUUAUGGUGGCUGCAAUGAACAGACAGCACAGUGCGGUGAAAGCUCUUCUUGAAGCUGGAGCCGACCCAAAUGCCGGAGACGACUUCAACAAUGUUUAUGACACUUCAAGGGAGAAAGGCAUCCACUCUCUGGAAGUGCUGGUAUCCAGAGAGGAUGAAUUCAGCAGCAGGCUCAGCAGCAGAGCUGGUUUCCGUGGCUGCACCGCGCUUCACUACGCCACACUGGCUGACGACCCACACGCUGUCCGCAUGCUUCUGGAGGCUGGUGCCAACCCGCUGCAAACCAAUAGCUUGGGACACACGGCCCGGGCUUAUGCAAAGGAGGGAGAAGUCAACACAGUUCUGCAGGAGUGGGAGGGCAAGUUUAAGGAGCUGCAAGCGCGUCGAGAGGCAGAGGAAAGGCGGAGGUUCCCCCUGGAGAGGAGGCUGAAGGAGCACAUCAUCGGUCAGGAAGGGGCCAUCAAUACCGUGGCUUCAGCCAUCAGAAGAAAGGAGAAUGGCUGGUACGAUGAAGAGCAUCCUCUCGUCUUCCUCUUCCUUGGCUCGUCAGGAAUUGGAAAGACGGAAUUGGCAAAACAGGUUGCUCGCUACAUGCACAAAGACAUUAAGAAGGGUUUCAUCCGCAUGGACAUGUCAGAGUUCCAGGAAAAACACGAGGUUGCAAAGUUUAUUGGUUCUCCUCCGGGAUACAUUGGGCAUGAGGAAGGGGGUCAGCUGACCAAGUUGUUGAAGGCAUGCCCCAACGCUGUUGUUCUGUUUGAUGAAGUGGAUAAAGCUCAUCCUGACGUUCUUACCAUCAUGCUGCAGCUGUUUGAUGAGGGUCGUCUCACAGACGGCAAAGGAAAGACUAUUGAGUGUAAGGAUGCCAUUUUUAUCAUGACUUCAAAUGUUGCAAGUGAAGACAUUGCCCAGCAUGCUUUGCAACUGCGGCAGGAAGCUGAGGAGCUCAGUCGUAGGAAACUGGCCGACAAACUUGAGGAUGUUGAGAAAAGCGACGACAUUAAAAUCUCCCGGCAGUUUAAAGACACGGUGAUCCGACCAAUCCUGAAGGCUCAUUUCCGGAGGGACGAGUUUCUUGGUCGGAUCAAUGAAAUCGUGUACUUCCUGCCGUUUUGUUACUCAGAGCUGCUGCAGCUGGUCAGCAAAGAGCUCAACUUCUGGGCCAAAAAGGCUAAGCAGCGUCAUGACAUCACUCUUCAGUGGGAUCACCCGGUCCUGGACCUACUGGCGGGUGGAUAUAACCUGCACUAUGGAGCGCGUUCCAUAAAACAUGAGGUUGAGCGACGGGUCGUCAACCAAUUAGCUGCGGCGUACGAACAGGAGCUGUUGCCCAAGGGUUGCACGCUGCGUCUGUUCGUCCAAUCAGAAGGCCAGGAGGAGCACAGCAUGCCCAGGCUGCGCCUGGAGGUUGUGGGAGAGGACAGUUCAUCGAGAACGCUGGACAUCCGUCCACCGCUGAAUCCUGAACACUAACACGACAACACUAAACCUCGUCAGCAGCAGCAGCCGAAGCAUUAUCCAGCAUCAAGAGGAUGGAUGGUAACCAAUGGAUGUUCUUAAUAAAAGCACAUCUGAGAAACUUCACUGCUUCUCAUUCAUCAUGCCAAAGUGUCCACAACAUGCAGUACAGUGUAGGCAAUUUUUCAGAUAGGAAAACCAAGACUAACAGUGUUUCUGCGGAACGUAUUUAUUCAGAGAUGUUUAGGUGGAGCAUCAGCAUCAUGACCAUACAUCAUCAGUGAAGACAUUGUCUCACGCUCUGCACUGUCCUUCAAUAUAGCUGUAGUUACAGAGUGAUAAUGUUAUGUUUACUACGUAAUGCAGACUAAAAGCCAAAUCAAACAAUAUUUAUUAAAUAUAUAUAUUAUAAGGUUAGUUGAUAUGAUUUAUGCGGCGAAACCAGCAGUUUUACAGCCGGUUGAGUUUAGCUGAGAAGAAAACUACUGACAUAUUUUCUUCUCAGUUCACAGAAACCUUUAGUUUCUGGAGAGGACACUUCAGUUGUUUGUGUUAUCACAUAUCAGUGGUGAACAGACCCACACAAGCUGAACUACACUCAUAAACCGCAUUAAAAAAAGAUGUAGUAAUGCAGGUAAAUUAGCAAUAGUAGUAGAUCAAAUGACAAGUUGUCUGUUGAUGCAUGUUAAUGUAGGAACGUGAAAUAAAAUCACCAUUUAACAUCUCAAGUGUUGAACACCUUGUUGACAAACGGCCAAAUGUAAGGGAGCCACGUUUCUGCUCCUUGUAUCCCAACCUACACCAUGUAAAUAAAACCUUGACAACA